UUUUGACGCGCUGAGGAUGUGGGCAGGAAACGCCAUGCAAGAGGAGGGGAGCGAUCACGCUUCCCAGCACCGUUGCACAAUACAGUCCGAUCAAAAUGUGCUUUGAUUCACCACGCUAAUGUCCAGGAGCGGUCAUUCUCCUCGGAUCUGUGCUCCGCGGCCGUCACAGCGCAGCCAGGGAGGAUUUGCCGGCGUGGGAUUCGACUCCUAUCCGAGCGAGAGCGCAGCCUUCCCAGCCUGCUCGGUUUGAAAACAUCGGGGCUGGUCAGCGGGUGGGAGAGAGGAGGCUUCGUCGCGGAAAAAGGAGGUGUCUGCCUUUUCUUUCCCCCCCACCCCACCAACACCAACACCACCACCACCACCACCACCACCACCCCCCCGCAGCCAUGAGGGAGUACAAAGUGGUUGUUUUGGGGUCGGGCGGAGUCGGCAAAUCCGCGCUGACGGUCCAAUUCGUGACGGGCUCCUUCAUCGAGAAGUACGACCCCACGAUAGAGGAUUUCUACAGGAAGGAGAUCGAGGUUGACUCGUCCCCGUCGGUGCUGGAGAUCCUGGACACGGCGGGGACCGAGCAGUUCGCCUCCAUGCGAGACCUGUACAUCAAGAACGGGCAGGGCUUUAUUUUGGUUUACAGUCUGGUCAACCAGCAGAGCUUCCAGGACAUCAAGCCCAUGAGAGACCAGAUCAUCCGGGUGAAGAGGUACGAGAGGGUGCCCAUGAUCCUGGUGGGAAACAAGGUGGACCUGGAGGGGGAGAGAGAGGUGUCUUCCGGGGAAGGCAAGGCGCUGGCCCAGGACUGGAACUGCCCGUUUAUGGAAACUUCAGCCAAAAAUAAAGGAUCAGUCGACGAACUGUUCGCAGAAAUAGUCAGACAGAUGAACUACUCAACUGUCCCCAGUGGUGGCGACAAGUGCUGUUCAUGUGUCCUGCUCUAAAAAAGAACAAAAAACAACAACAACAACAACAACAACAAAAAACAAACAUACAGAAACAGUGCAUCCGGGCUGUAUUUGAGCUUCUAACAUGUCCUGCAGGCUUUUUGCAAAAGUAUUCUCUCUCCUCACACUGUUGUCUUAUUGUUGCACAUAAACAAAAAUCGACGACGACAACAAUCGAUUAUGUAUAAUAGUCUGGAAAAGUGUUUACAUGACAAAGUACUUGAAUGUUUUGGGAUUUUUUUAUAGCUUUGUAUAUGACACUUCUCUGGAAAUGUGCCUCAAUGGGAAUGUCUUAUUGUGAAACCUAAGAGACACGUGUUUUCUGUUUUGUUUUGGUUUUUUUAGUUGUACUGUUACAUCUUCUGGGCUGGGUCCAUCUGUCUUGGAGAUUGGUGGUGGUGGUGGUGGUGGUGGUGAUAAUGAUGGGGGUUAUUAUGCCAAAUCCCCAGGCAGAGAUGGGAUUGGUCACUUUGUGGGCCUUUUGGCUGAAGAAGGAGGCCUGCAAGUAUUUCAAAUCUCUCAUAAACGUAUCAGUCACCACUCAAGCCUUGCACAGGUUACUCAAAUCCAAUCCCAAUUUAGUGUGAUCCACCUAAGUUACUGUAUUUGAAGCUGUGGACUGUGGUGGAGUUGUGUAACGCCUAUGUAUUUUUGUUUUUUUUUUUACCCCCCCCUCCCCCCCUCUGGUUUGGUGAAAGUGGAUUUAUCAUGGAACUUGCACUUAGCUGACGGUGUCCCUCCUCAGUGUGCACAAACAAGGACCUUAGUGCAUUGCUGUCGCUGCAUGGGGAAAAGCCAUGACCCCAUGUCAAGUGCCUUCCUAAGAAAACUCCUGUGACUGUGCCAACUGAUGAGCCCUUCUUCCUCUGCAGUGCGUCUUGAUGGCAAUCAGAACUUUUUAGCAGUUUUCAGUAUACUCUCUAGUUUCAUUUGGUGUCAAAAGUAUAAGAAGCGCCUCCUCUUAUUUUACUGUCAGGAAGCUAAGCUUGUAACAGACCUGCUGUUUCAGGGUCUGAUUCGGGCCGUUUCUCGAGGUACUAGUCCAACAAGAACAUUUUGGUUCAGUGAAUGGCAAGCCAUGUCCGUCUGUAUUAUCUAGAUUUUUUUUUUCUUUUCUAAAAAUGUGACAUUUUUGACUUACUGUAACUGUAAUUCUCCCUUUGGACAAAUCUUCUGCCAUCAACCUGUCAGUUUCAAAGACUUGUAAUACAAAAUGCAUUUUACGUAA